GCCGCGGCCGGGGCUGGUGCUGCGCUUCCAGCGCCGCUUCCUGGCGGCGCGGCCGCUCAGCUCGCUGCCCUGGCCGGAACUGGAGCAAAGCCUGCGGACUGCGCCGGGCUCGGCGCUGCUGGCGGAUAUCCUGCACGAGGCCCCGCAGAACUGCCGAGCUCCUUCUUUGCCCGGAAUUUGGGUGUUCUUAGAUCAGAACUGAACCCGCGUGCCAGAGCGCUGAUGUGGUGAAUGGCGCAGUCAGCGCAGCCGUUCCUGGGUGUUCGGGAUACAGGGAAUGCCUGGACUGUCCCUGUGGAGGGAGGUCACAAAUCAGGCAGCAAACCAAAACGGAAAGAAGAGAAGGGCAAAAGAAGGAGGAGAACAAUUCUUCACCCUCUGUGUGUGAAAUAUCCCCCUUCAGCCAAGUACAGGAGGUGCUUCCUGACUGAGCUCAUCAAAAAGCAUGAAUCCACAGCAGCUGAACCCCUGGAUGAACUCUAUGAAGCACUGGCAGAUGUUCUGAAAGAAGAAGAAGGGUCGACUCACUGUUACAAAAGCUACUUACUGCCCUCGGGGGACAGCGUGAGCCUCUGCGAGAGCACGGCGCUGGUCUGCGGGGGCACCACGGGGCUGCUCACCUGGGAGGCUGCCCUGCUCCUGGCACAGUGGGCACUGCAGCACCCCGGCCUCUUCAGGGGCAGGACAGUCCUGGAAUUGGGGAGUGGGAUUGGCUUCACUGGAAUUGCCAUCUGCAAGACCUGCCAGCCCAGGACAUUCAUAUUCAGUGACUGCCACCCCCGUGUCCUCAGACAGCUGGGGGAAAACAUCCAGCUGAAUGGCUUCACCCCAGAGCCUGACGUGGCCUGGAGCACCCAAACAGAGCCCCAGGGACAGGAGGUGCCAGGACAGAACUGCCAAAACCCAAAAGUGAUUGUUGCUGAGCUUGACUGGGGCUCAGUGACAGAAAAACAACUGCUGGCUCUCAGAGCUGAUGUUGUCAUUGCAGCAGAUGUGGUGUAUGAUCCUGAGAUAAUUUUAGCCCUUGUUGGGAUGCUACAGAAACUCUCCACCUCCAGAGCAGGCAGGAAAGCUCCUGAGGUGUUCAUUGCCUCCACAAUCCGAAAUCCAGACACGUAUCAGCUCUUCCAGGCUGAGCUGGAUAAAGCUGGGAUCAGGUGGCAGGUGAUUCCAGCCCACAGCAGCUGUAAUUUCCUCUAUGAUGUGCAGCCAGAUGUGACUAUUCUACAGCUAUUUAUAUAGGCUUGGCAAACAGAACUGGAAUUUUGAGACCAACAGGAGCUGCCUCAGCCUUGUAACAAGAUUAUCCUGAAUUCUGGAAAUGAGGUUCUGAGGAUGCAGCUGGACAGACACAUGGAGUCCUUCCUUCCUUCCUCUAAUUCCCAGCAUGGAUCCAAGCCUGCAGCUGCCCCUGGGAAGUGACUGAACCUCAAGCAACAGAAACCAAAAACCCCAAUCACACUUCAGUUGGAUUCUGUAGAAGACAGCAGAGUUCAAACAGGUUUUUUUCCCGUGUUGUGAUUUGUGAUUGGGGGCAACCUGCAGAUCACAGGAUGAGGAUCUCCCACAGACAAGGGAGCAAAGCAAUCUUUCAGAGUAAUCUAUGGGUUUUGGUUUUAAAACCUGCUGUAAUUGUCUACUCUGGUGGUUUAUGUCUGUGUGUACUUGCAGUUGGGGUUAGCUUAAAAGCCCCCAAUAAACAGUGACCAGUUCCUGUA